AUACCGUUGCGGUAAACAUUGGUGAGUUGAUGAGUCAUUGGUGUGGGUAAGCGUUUAGACUUUAAAGGGGACUGGAGUAAUUUAGCCGGUCGACAGUUACGCGAGAGAUUUUCGUCGCGAUGGAUCGUUGGAUAGGAAAAGUCGCGAUGAUCACUGGGGCAAGUGCCGGAAUAGGUGCACAGAUUACGAGAGCACUCGCGAAGAAUGGAAUGAAAGUGAUCGCUGUAGCGAGAAGACUGGAAAAGCUGGAGGAAUUGGCGAAGAAUAUCAAACGUGAGUUCAAGGCCGAAGUGUAUACGAUGCAAUGUGACGUUCGACAAGAAGAGAACAUUCUCAAAGUGUUCAAAUGGGCGGAGGAAAGAUUAAGCGGUAUUGACGUAAUGAUCAACAACGCUGGGGUGAUCUCAAACGAAACGAUUAUAGAGGGAUCAACGGAGACAUAUCGCGAGAUUAUGGACGUGAAUGUGAUUGCAGCAGCGAUUUGUUCGCGGGAAUUAGUGCAGUCCGUCAAAAAGCGUAAAGCGUCGGGUCAUAUCAUUAAUAUUAGUAGUGUAGCGGGACAUAAUGCUCAAAAAGUUACUGCACCAGUGAGUUUGUAUUGCGCCAGUAAAUUUGCUAUCACUGGCAUGGCAGCGAGUCUAUGCAACGAAUUGAUAAACGCAAAUCUCGAUGUAAAAGUCACGAACGUCAGCCCUGGCGCGGUGAGAACAUCUAUGUUAAUGGAAACUUACGGCUUAUCUGAUGCCAUCUCGAACAAUCUCUGCCCAGUCCUGGAAGACAAGGAUGUUGCACAUGCAGUAGUCUAUAUCUUGAGUACGCCGCCCCACGUACAGAUAUCGGAAGUUGUACUGACGAUACAUGAAGCUGCAUUCACUUCAGAGAAUGUUAAACGGUUCACGGCAGAGUAAUGGAUACGCUUUCUUUCUGCGUUUAAAACAAUACAUUUUUGAAUUUUUAGCAUUCAUAUAUUUUCUUAAAAAAUAAAUCAAGUAAAAAGAAAUUCUCAUUUUCUAUCACAUUCUCGAAAUAAAGAAAUAAAUAAUUAUUAUAGGGCAAAAAUAGUAUCUAAUUUUUAUAUUUACAUAUAAAUUUUUCUACAUUUGUGAUAAUAUAUACUAUUAAUUAUAAAUAAUUGAAAAGAAUACAAGUUAAUUUACGUUUGUCGCACGUUUAAUAUCGAUUAAUUAUUAUAGCUAUAGCUCCUGUAAAACUGUACUUGAAAAGUUAUAAGCCAAGUCGAUCGACACAAGUUCUUCGUUAUGGAUUGCUUGUAGAAAUUAAGUUGAUCUGCUUUAUCUAUGUAACAAGUAUAUUUAAUAAAUUGAAGAGAUGAAGAGAU